AUGUCAAGUUCAGAGGUCGAAGUUGAAAAUCAAGCUACUGCAAUCACACCUAAUCUAACGACUUUGUUACAACGAUCUGCAAAACGUACUAGAGCAAUGUUUCAAUCAGGGGCUGCAGCAAGUUCUAUCUUAGAGGACGACGAAAGUCUAAGAAUAAAGUUACGCGUAAAAAUACACGACGAAUACAAUGAUGCAAAAGAAUUGCCAAGGGCUCUGUUAGCACUGCAAGGAGGACAAAAACGGUCCAUUUCUCAGGCAGAGGCUAUCAGUUCCGAUUCAACAGCUAAUGAUAAUAAGAUUUCAACUGACGUGGAUCAAGACCAAUUACCACAAAUAUCUGGAGGUCACGCUUAUCCUUCAACGCCUGGUGUAAAGCUUUCUGAGGAUAACGCGAUGGAACCUCAAGUUUCCGAAAGUACUAUACAGAGACUGGUGGAUAGUCUUCCACCAUCCCGGGUUCAGCAAGAAGCCGCCAAAACAGCACAUGGUGUAGUAGCAAUACGGCAAAAAGCUGGAAUAAACGCUACACUUGCAGCAACCUCAGGAUCCUUAGUUAGACGUCAUACACCACGAUUUACAAAACCAGACUGGCAUGCUCCAUGGAAAUUGAUGAGAGUUAUUAGUGGGCAUUUGGGUUGGGUAAGAUCUAUCGCAAUAGAACCAGGGAAUAAAUGGUUCGUGACUGGUGCUGGUGAUAGAACCAUUAAGAUUUGGGAUCUUGCAUCGGGUACUUUAAAACUUACUUUAACUGGUCACAUUUCUACUGUUCGCGGACUAGCUGUCUCUCCACGUCAUCCGUAUUUGUUUUCAUGUGGCGAAGAUAAGAUGGUGAAGUGUUGGGAUCUUGAACAGAAUAAAGUUAUCCGGCAUUAUCAUGGACACCUAUCUGGUGUAUACUCUUUAAGUCUACAUCCUACUUUGGAUAUUUUGGCGACUGCUGGAAGAGAUGCUACAGCAAGAGUAUGGGAUAUGCGUACAAAACAAUGUAUACACGUUCUCAGUGGUCACAACACUACUGUUGCUGAUGUGAAAUGCCAAGAAGCUGAUCCUCAAGUUCUUACUGGUUCGAUGGAUUCAACAAUUCGUCUUUGGGAUCUUGCAGCUGGUAAAACAUUGACGACCCUCACGCAUCACAAAAAGUCCGUUAGGGCAUUGGCAUUACAUCCUACUGAAUUUACCUUCGCUAGUGGUAGUGCUGAUAAUAUUAAGCAAUGGAAAUGCCCCGAAGGUACAUUUAUGCAAAAUUUCGAAGGUCAUCGUGCAAUUAUAAAUGCAUUGACGGUUAAUGCCGACAAUGUUUUAUUUUCUGGUGCUGAUAAUGGUUCUAUGGCAUUCUGGGAUUGGAAAUCUGGGUAUAAAUUCCAAUCUAUGGAAACAACUGUACAGCCUGGUUCUUUAGAAUCUGAAGCAGGAAUAUUUGCCUGCACAUUCGAUCGUACAGGAUUGAGGUUGAUAACAUGCGAGGCAGACAAAACUAUUAAGAUUUGGAAAGAAGAUUCAAAUGCAACUCCUGAAACACACCCAAUUGAUUGGAAACCAUCAUUAAUCAGAACCAGAUUUUAA